AUGGCCGUUUCUCCUCGCCGGGAGGGGAAAAAGCGGCGCCAGCCUUGGACACUCCACUGGGCCUGGGCCGUCGCCGCUCCGAGUCUUCUGCUGCUGACCGCUCAGGCAGCUUUAGCCCAGCCCCAAACGGAGGAUGUGCAGGCUGUGGGCCACAGGUCGUCGAGCUGGGAGAAGAGGCCGUUGGUGUCGGCUGAGAUGCUCUGGGAUACGGCAGACCUUAUGCAGUCGUUGUAUUCCAUCUUCCUCUCUGACAUCGUGUUCUUGCUCUGGGCCAUCGCGUGGAGGUUGGCGUACCCGGCGGUGGCGAUCCUACGAAGGUUCGUCGCCUUGUUCUGCUUUCUCCUCGGGACCAGCGAGGAGGAUUUUCGACACUUCCUUGCAGAUGUCGCCCAUCAGACAGUGGCUGCGAUUCAGGUUUUCGGCGUUUACGCCGAUCGGAAGCUCAUCCCGCUGACGAACUGGGCUGUCGAUUUGAUCGAGGAGAGCUUCCCACGCCAGGUGGGCGUCGUGCAGCGGACGCCGGCGGAUCUCCUGGUGUUCCUACUGUACUUGGCCUUCCUGAUCUGGGGUGUCGUGCAGCUGGCAUUCACCAUGUGGGACGCUGCGCGCCAGUUUGGACGGAGCCUGCUGGCCUGCUGCCCGUCUCGCAGCAUCAGAACGAAACCACCACUGCUCUACCGUCAGGAAGUUCCGUACGUCCAGCCUCCGUGGCUGGAUCCUUCGGCCGUUCCACGGCCUGCCGAACACGAGGCCAUCGGAGAUGACGGCGCGAAACUGCAGCAUCCGAGACGACAAGAUGACCUUAUGCUUUGUUGCCUCUUUCCAAACCUCUUCGGCUGA